AUGUCUGAACGAAAAGUGCUCCAGAAGUACUAUCCCCCGGAUUUCGAUCCCUCUGCGCUCACGCGCAAGCGCGGUCCAAAGCAGACUGGCCCAAAGGUCCAGACGGUUCGCAUCAUGGCGCCAUUCUCAAUGAAGUGCACGACUUGCGGAGAAUAUAUAUACAAGGGCCGCAAAUUCAAUUCCAGGAAGGAAACGAACCAAGCAGAGAGGUACCUCAAUAUUCAGAUUCACCGCUUCUACCUAAAGUGCACACGGUGCUCGGCGGAAAUCAUCAUCAGGACCGACCCCAAGAUUGCCGACUAUGCCGUCAUAAAGGGCGCAAUACGAAAUAUGGAGCCUUGGCGCAACAAGGAAGGUGAGAAGGAGAGCGUCGACGAGAGACUGGACCGGUUGGAGCGCGAGGAAGCCGAGGCUGCGGGCGAGGAAGAGAAGAAUGCGAUGGCAGAUCUAGAGGCCAAGAACGAGGACGCGAGGCUUGAAAUGGCUGCCGCAGACGCGCUCGACGAGAUUCGCCAGCGCAACGCGCGUAUCCAGCGAUCUGAGAAGGACGGCGUGGAUUUCUCCGAGUACGUCGUCAGGCCCGAGGACGAGGAGAGGGCGAGGCAAGAGAGGGAGGACGAUGAGGCUGCGAGGAAAGCUUUCGCUACUGCUAGAGAGAGGCUCGGGGAAGAGAUUAUUGACGACGAUGACUUCGAUGGAGGCGUCAUCGGGGGCGGCGUGGGGGCACCCUCGUCAUCUUCCUCAUCAGCGGCGGUAACGUCAGCCUCAAUGUCAGGGGAUAAGUCGGGGGCGGCGACGGCGGGGACCGUGAGGGAUACUUCAAUGAUGCCGCCGCCACCGCCUCCAGCAAAACGCGUGGUGAAGAAGAAGAAGGAUUACUCUGCGGCGCUUGGCAUCAAGAAGAAACCUUCAUUGGUCUGA